CGUGAUUGGGGUGGACUGCAUCGAUCAGGAUUGGGCAGGCAUUCUCUCUCUCGUCAAAAUAUCUCCCUUCUCUCCCUCGUCUCGCUCCCCUUCUCCGUGUCGCCGCCGCCUCCGCUCCCCCUCCCUCUCGGCCGCCUUGUCUCCUCCGCCUCCGCUCCCCCUCCCUCUCGGCUGCCUCGUCUCCUCCGCCUCCCCUCCCGCGUCUCCUCGUCCCAUCUUGCUGCCGCCAGCUCCCCUCCUCUUCCCUGAUUCCCCCCUUCAGCUCGGCGGAGAGAUCCGGCCGGCCCAGAUCCACACGGCUCCGUCAACGACACGCCCGGGGACCCUGCCGGCGUGGGUGUGGCGGCAUCAUCUCCAUGAGAGGGACGUAUCAAGAUGGAUCCACGCUGUCGACGCCUCUUCUUUGCUCCCAUGGACGAGCCCUCGCCCAGCGACCACCUCCACUCAGCUGGCGGAAGAUGACGAUGGCCAACUCCCAGGUGCAGCCGGUGGGGAGGCGAAAAUUGCAAGGGCGGCAGGAGAAAUCCUUCCUCCUUGUGUUGCUGCAUCACUGCAUCCCCCGAUAUUCUAGGAGUAGCUCGCCUGCCUGCUAUGAGAAGAAGAGAUGGAAGGUGGAGGUGGGAACAUGACGCUAGGAGGAUAAGGCGUGGGCGUCACAAGAAGUGGGUUGGAGCAAGAAGUAGAGCAGGCAAUGCCCCUCUCUACAUUGGCAUCUAUACAGCCAAAUCAAGGACUUAAACUCCUGGAACGGCUCCUCCUAUCCCCUGCUCCUCUUGCAUUGGCGCAAGUCCGCCUCCUCCCCCGCGUCCAUCUCCACGCGUGCAGCAGCCACCCGGGAGGAGCUCGAGCCGCAGCGGUGGUCCAUGGCGCCUUCGCUGUCAUCCCCAGCUGGAGAAGCAUGAACCGCAGAGACGGACGGAUCUGUCCGGCCCUCGCGCCGUUGUUCGUCCACUCUCAAGGAUAAUGUGUUUCUAUGAGUUGGAGACCCCCCAAUAGCAAAUUCAGUCCGACGCUUUGAUGGACUUAAGAGAGAUGCUGAUACUAUGAGGUGAAAUGCUCAUCUACUUAAGAGAAACGUUCACAAGGAUGACUGACCGUGUGCGGCACUGACCUCGAUGGCGUGCUGCAUCAUUUCUGCCCGACCUCAAUGUUUACCUCGUCACCCACAGCCAGAUGGUCGAAGACAUCCCGAUGAAGCAGCACAUGCUUGUACCUUCUUUCGUUGGUGGCGGGAGAAAGAGGAUCCACCCGCUCCCUUAUGCUGAUUCGAGCCUUCCUUCAUGGAUUGCCUACUCUACAAGAUGAAGUGCUGGUUUAUGAGGAUAUUUUCCAAAAAGAGUUGUUAGGGUAUGACGUACUCGAUUGAUCUAUGAGAUGACCUGCUUGGUGGCGAAGGUUUUUUACAUGUGCUCAGCAAUAAAAGAGCUGUACUGGAAUACAAAGGUUCUCGUGUCUCGCGUGUGGCAGUACCGAGGAGGGACUGACGAUGGUCAGCUUGUGCAUACUGGCAUUGUGGUGCUUGACCAAGAGGGCACCCACAUGUAUGGCCAGAUUCCUGCUAACAGCUCAGGCACGGCGGUGCCCAUUCUUGCCUCUUUCCCUACGGGAUCAGCUACACUUGUCGUGCUGCCUCUUGAUGAGAUGAACACUCCUAUAUCUGCAUUCAAAGGAAAAGGGCAGGCUAUUAUGCCUAAAACACCCAGCAAAUCAGCAUGCCCAAAAAGUGCUCGCCGCAAACUUUUUACUGAGCCCUCAAAGCCCGAGGACACUGAACUCUCUGCCUCUGCUGCCAAGGUGGCUAGCCAGGCUGAACAAGGUGCUCCUGCUGGAAAUGUUGUUGAAGCUACAUCUGUGCCAAAUGUCGGUCAAGAAACUGAGCUUAUAGCUACCGAAGAUCCAAAGAACAACCUUCCUGACCACACUAAAGUCAAGAGGACAAACACUGCUGUCAAGCCAGCUGGCGCUCCAAAGAAAGCGAACCAGUAGUUCUUCCAUGGACUAGGCUAGAUAUGUACAUACGGUGUAACCGGCGCUUCUUGAGUUCCUUUUUUCCUACAGGUGCGCCAGAUGAUAUGUCGCAAUAUGAUGAUAACUCUGGUUCCUCUUCUUUCUCAGGGUAUCUUCUAUGUUCUGCUUGCUGAAGAGAGCUUCUCAGCUCUGCUGCGUCACAGCAAUGGUCUGGCCAUCGGGUCUAAAGAUCGUCAACUCUGCACACUUUUGGGCGUGCACCAGGUUUAUUUUGUGCAACUUUGUAAGACAAGGCUUUGACACUCGCAUAACUAUGUCGAGCCAUUGUCAUGACAAUUCCUCUAUUUAGGUCAUCGAACAAAUCAAGUACUAUGCAUUGUAAAUAUGGCCGUCAGCCCUUUCUGCCUUAUCUCCCUCCUUAUGACAAUUUCUACCUUCUGUAAAUGCCGUUGGGCCAUGCUGCUUAAUCAAGUCUUUUCAUUCUUGUUA